GAGAAGCCACUGUUUAUUGGUCACCGACCUGGUCCAUAUCCGGAUUCCCAAGCAAACUUAGUCAAGCACGCCUCCAAAAAAUCAUAUAUAAUAUCUCCCGCCGCCUGGAAAGGGGAUUCGGAAGGAGCGAAGCCCAAACAUUCGCUUUGUGAAUCUCUCUCUCUCUCUCUGAUGGCGAAGGAAGCGGUUGCCGAGGAGAAGCAGGUGCUGAGGAAAGCUCUCACGGUGGCCAAGAAGCUGGAAUCCCAGGGCUUCCAUACGUUCGUCUGGAGAAAAAAAAUCGAUCUAGACCUCGCUCGAGGUCGCCGAACCCUAAACCUAUCUCUGAAAUCCGAGAAGAAGAGAUGCUUAGAAAGACUCCAAGAGAUCGAAAAGCUCAAGAAAACAAGGAUCGAUCGAGCCGCCGAUAACGCGCGGCGCGAAGGGGAACGGAGAAUCGCAGCUAGAGCGCUUUCGGAUGCCGAGUUCGAAGAUUUGCGGAAGAAAGAGGCAGAGUUUGUUCUCAAUCAGAGCAAGAUUAGGUCGGAGAUUCGGUUGCGUGAAGGGCGUCCGAAACCCAUCGACAUCCUCUGUAAAAUUCUCGAUGGUUGGGAGGAUCUUGAUGUCGAAAUUGAUGAUGCUAGCUCGGUCUUCGAGGAUCUACCAGUGAAGGAGUUGGAAGAGCUUCGAGAAGACAUUGAAUGUCGCCUGGAUAUCGACAGAGAACAUACGCGGUUCUGGGAGGCAGUACAGGUGGUCUGCGAUUGGAAAAUCACUGAAGCUCGCACUAAGGAAGAUGAUCGCUGCUGCUUUUAUUCGUGUGUGGAGGUUGAUGUGAAGAGUCUCCUGCAAAAGAAAACCUUUGAUGAAUUGAAUUCAAUGCAGCUGGAGGUCGAAUCACGGAUGCGUUCUGGUGAAGCUGAGGUGAUUGAAUACUGGGAGGCUGUUGCCGAGCUUAUUAAGAUCCACAAAGCAACGAGAUACCUGGAGGAGUUUUACAUUUCUCGCAUGAAGCCUAAAGAGAAGAGAUUGGGUUCUUCUGAAGCAGAAAAAGAGAAUAUUGAUGAUUUGGCUGAUGAUCAUGUAGAGUCUGAAGAAGUGGGAGCCAUGGAAGAGGUAAAUCCCGAUUCAUCAGUACAAUGGAAAAAGCCCAAGUAUGUUGCUCGGGUACACUGUGGAUAUGAGUGGAACAAGUACAACCGAGUCCAUUAUGAUCAUGAUCAUCCUCCUCCGAAGGCCGUACAAGGCUACAAGUUUGACAUUUAUUACCCAGAGUUAGUUGGGAAGGCUCCACAGUACAUCGUGGAAAAGGACGGGAGCAGCACUGAGACUUGCCUCCUUAGGUUUCAUGCUAGGACGCCUUAUCAGGAUGUUGCAUUUCGAAUAAUAAACAAGGAAUGGGACUAUACACGGAGAAGGGGAUUCAAGUCUACUUUUGAUCAUGUGGUUGUAGGUUUGCAUGCAGGAUAUGAUCAGAUCAUUGGACCAUCGUGAUGUUCUGUAGAAAGCAACAUUACUUUAACAACAAUAUUGAGGUCGUAACUUGUCACAAACCCUUUGUGUUCACUGAGUUCUGCCAAUUAGGUUAAUGAGUCGAAUGCUUCUCAGUGAACAUAUAUAUGGGACAGCAUGUAUGGCAUGUUCUCUCUGGCCGGAAUAACAUCAUCAAAGGAUGGUGGGCCCACAAAAAUUAUUUCUCAAGAAAAAAACACAAGGGCUGCUUGGUGCUGGAGAAAAGAAAAUGUAAAACCUAGCGACUCAAACUCAUGUUAGUGAUGAUGCAAUUUGAGUUGUUAAUUCAGUUUUAGAUGCCAUUUGUUGGUUAAUUUUUCUUGUUCAUUAGAUAACUGAUAUAAGCAAAUCUUUUUUAAGGGGUUUUUAGUACAUGGUUUGAAAA